AUGUCGCCCACGGUGUCGAGUCGGGAUAUCCGACGCAUGCAGUCGGGCAACAUGACCCCCAACGACCGCGAUCCUCUUUCGCUCGCCCUCCGACCGCCUUCCAACGAGACCGCUGCGCAGCGUCAGGUGCGGCUGCACCAGGAAAAGCAGGCCAAGCUACGAUCCGAGGAAAUCGACAAGCUGCUCAAGCACACCGAGGCGAGCACCAGCAACUCGGCCAGUUUGGAGGCGAAAAAGGGUCGAGUGUACAAGAUGGUGCUGCUCGGACAGGCGGGUGCGGGAAAGACGACGGUGCUCAAGCAGAUGCGUCUGCUCUACGACGCAGAGGCGCACGAGCGAGAGCGCAAGGGAUGGACGAGCAUCGUAGUGCUCAACCUCACCGCCAGUGUACGUGUGCUCCUGCAGACGCUCGAGCGAUACCACCAGGGGCGCGCAGAACGCAAGUCGCUCGAACUUGCCCGCCUCGAAUCGCCCGCUUCUCCAGUGUCCCCACACAGCACGCACAAUACAGUCAGUCCUUCGUCUGCAACCGAGUCGGCCAUCGAGACAGCGUCAGCCAGAGCACUCGGCCCAUCCAACACGGCGUGGGAGCGUCAUCUGCCAAAAGUCAUGCAGCUCGAGUCAAAGCUGCGUGGUCAGUUGGGCGCGUUUGGCGAAGAGGCACCUGUCAACGACCCAGAGUCGAGGAUGAUGACGACAAGACGCACAAAGAUGGGCGACAAGAGUCUGCUGCUGCUGCGACCGGGAUGGCAGGAACGCCUGUUUACCUAUGCGCGCCGCUCCCUUUCGCUCGGAGCAGGCGGCCGAAACUCCAUGCAGGAACAAACACGUCGCGGCGAAGAAGCGGGUGAUGACGACGAGAGCGAUGCGCUGGUGUUGCUGCGGUCGAUUCAGGCCGAGGUGACGGCGCUGUGGGACGACGAUGUGCGCUGUCGAGCCUUGCGCAAGCGCGGAGUAUUCCUCGAUGGGCAAUCGGAAGCCGCCACGUCGUACUUUCUCGAAGCAUACGCGCGUAUUGUGGCGCCGGGCUACUCGCCCUCGGAUGAGGAUAUCCUGCACUCGCGCGUGCGUACGCUCGGUGUGACCGAGGACGUCUUCCGCAUAGACCGCUCACUCACCUACCGCAUCUUUGACGUGGGCGGCAGCCGAAGCCAACGCGCCGCCUGGGUCCCUUUUCUAGAUGACGCCCAGUCGAUCAUCUUCCUCGCACCCCUCUCGGCCUUCGACCAACCGCUCAUCGAGGAUCCAUCUACAAACCGCCUCGCUGAUACCUUUGCCCUAUUCACGCAGGUCGUCUCCCAUCCCCUGCUAAGGCGCGCAAGCGUGAUCUUGUUUCUCAACAAGAUCGAUCUGCUCGAGAAGAAGUUGCGCCAAGGCAGAAGCUUGGCCUCCUUCUGGCCGGAGUACGGUGGAGAUAACGACUUCGAAGCGGUGUGGAGGUGGUUUAGAGCCAAGUUUAGGGAUGAGCUCAGGAGGGCCGAGGAUGACGGGGUUGGGGCAAGGAGGAGGUUGUAUGUGCAUACCACGGUGGCGACGAGCACGAGGCAGAUCAAGGCCAUUCUGAUGAGCGUCAACGAUAGUAUUUUGCGCGAUAAUCUCCAGGCUGCGGGAUUGGUCUAG